UCCUUUCACCCAAAGUAUCAUAUUUAUCAUUAUGAGCUAAAAGCUUAAACGCGCACUGUGUUGCACGCGCAUACUGGACUUUAGUCAAGGAAAUGCUAUACUCAUACAGGCUGUCACACUUAUGAUCCAGCAGCAGUCAGAGCAGACACACGACAGCACAAACCGCCAUGAAUCGAUCUCAAAAUAUAAAUUCUGAAAGGGGAAAUGGAAUAAACCAAAGUAGGAAUAUGACUGACAGCGAUCAAAAUAAUCAGUAUGAACAAAAUAAUAUCUCAACAGGCACGCCAAAUAUUCAAGCUCAAGAUCAGCCAACACAUACUGAUGGCUACAGCAUGAUACCACCAAAUGAAUCAAGACGGAGCAAACUACAGAGGAUUGCUCAGAAAGAAGAAGAAGAUCUGAGGAGAUGGAAGGAGGAGAAUCGUCCUGGCCCCAUUCAACUUGCUCCAGAAAGACUAGGUGGUGCAGCAUCAGUAGCUGAAGUUAGACAGAGACAGCAGGAGGAAGCAAGACAGUCAAAACUAAGAAAAAAGCUUCGAAAAGAGGACAUGGAACGAAUGAAGAGACAGGCAGAAGAAGAGGAAUAUGAGAAGAUGAAGGUCAAACAGAGAGAGCAGGCCAAUAAACUGGAGAUGAGGAGAAAGCAAGAAGAGCAGCAGAGAAAGGAGCUCUACCAACAUGAUCAGCAAAUGAGUACCGAGAAGUUCCUUCAAAGAAUUGAGAGCAGUACAGUUUCCAUGGCAGCAAGCAAAUCCAUACCGGUAUCACCUUGGGCUAAAUGUCAUGAGUACAAAGAAUCCAGACGAGAGGAGGAGAACACAGCUCUGAUGAAGAACAAAGAGGACCAGAGGAGAAAGUCCGAAAUUUUGGAGGCGAAACAAAAACAACAGGUGGAGGACAGAAAGAGGAGGACUGAAGGUGACCAUCAGCGGGUGAAUAUGGCUUUCCUAGAUCGUCUGGAGGCGAGUAGCUCAGGCAGAGUGUCUAAUCCUGUGGCCCAAACCCCAGAGAGCAGUAACAUCUGGCUAGAUUAUCAAGAACCUCACAGUCCAGACUCAUCACCAGUACCCAACCCAGCGCAGCUCAAUACAGACAGUGCAGAGGAGGAGGAGAAUGAUUGUGACCAUAUGUGGGCCGUGAUGAAACUGCAGCACAACUUUCCAUACUAUGAGCGAGAUAUGCUGGAAGACAUCGUCAAACAGUGUAAUGGCAACUACCUGGAAGCGUUCGAGCUACUAAAUGUGUGAACACACCUUAUUAUUGUGAUCUUCCUGUGUAAUGAAGGAUUAAAGGUUUACCCAAAAGUGACAAUUCCGUAAUCAUUUACUCGCCAUCAUGUCAUUCGAAAUUGAAAUGACUUCUAGUUCUUCUGAAGAACACAAAAGGUAAUUUUUUUUAAGAAUAGCCAUGCUGCUCUUUUCAAUAUAAUGAAAAUGAAAGGGGAAUUAGGGCUCUACGAUCAUGCACUAGGCCUUACCCAAUUUUUGAAACUCAGUUUCCUGUGGGCGAAUGUGCAGAAACUGUGGGUGUUUUGUAUGUUAAUGAAGUGGUACAAAGCUGAUUUACUAUUUUCCAGAGAAAUAGGUCAUUGUGCUAAGACUUCUGAGAAGCACAUCUAAUCUCAGUGCAAUGUCUAAAAUCAGUUCCUGCAUUUGCAGUUUGGAGGUUUCACCAGCUGAUGAUGGAUUAAUAAUAAUAAUAAAAUAAAUAAUAUGUUUAUUUCGUAUAACGUCUUUCCAAAACUCAAAGACACUGUACAGAAAUUAAGUAUGAAACAUAUAACAAAAAUACAUUACAAAAAAACUAACAAUAAGAGAGAAGAAAAACAUAUUUAAAGUAGGGGAGACGCGGGCGAACAGGAUGAGGGCCAACAGUCCCAGAAAGGCCGAUAGAGAACAUACAACACAUACAUACAUUACAGUCACAGAGCAGUGGAUGCAUUGUAAACAGGCGAUUUACACUACCAAAUUCUUGAAUGGGCUGUCUUCAUUUAUAUCGUCUUUGCUUGACAUGAAAAGGAAUAUAUAAUAGGAUGUAGCCGGUGCAACAACCGGAGAAUAACCUCCUAAUUAAAUUGCCCUUGACCCAGCCCAUUAGCACUUUGCACGUGCUGUUUCGCCAACCCACUUGUGCCUAGACUUGCAUGCUUGCACUAAAAUAUCAAAACUUCAUGGCCAUGCCCACUGAAUUUGCACAAACGAUGUAUCACCUAACACUGCACUUAAGGCAUAGCGCUCUUAAAAUAGCCCCCUGGGUCUUUUAAGGUCCAAAAUGAAGAAAACUAAAAGUGCAUAUGACUUGUGUGCUACAUUCCAGUUUCCUGAAGUCAUACAACAAUUUCGUGAGGAACAGAGCACAAACUUGUCAUUUUUUUAUUCUGCAAUACAAUUCUGAACCAUUCAGUUACUUUUUUUGUAAAAGAGCAGUUGGCAUAUUCUUCAGAAAUUCACUUUUUGAGUAAAAAACAACAGAAUUUUCAUUUUUGGGUGAACUAUUUUUGUAAUUAUUGAAUUAGGAAGUGUGCUUAGAAUGUGUUUUUUGAGCUGAAACUUUUUAUCCUGUUUUGUUUGAUCAGUUAUUUUCUGACACCAAAUGAUUUGACACUAAUCCAUAGAGAAAAGAAAUCAAAACAAUAAAUCAAGUGUUGAUUCUGCUGUGGAGAAAGUUUAUGGAUCCCACGAGCACAGUUCACAGAGUAAAUUAUUUGUGUUCAGUGCUCGAGCACUCUGCUGAUGAUGAAUUUUGUGUCACGCAUCCUGUAUGCAGACACUCAGCGUUCGCAUCUGACCAGUGUAUACAAUGGGCUUUAGGGCUCAAGCACCAUGCGUUACGUCUUAACCAUUUUUAUUUGAGAGAGAGAGUGCGCUAAUUUUAUGUGCAAUUUUCAUGCCAGCGCAAACCGCAAGUAAAUAACAACAGAAAUUUCAUUUUUGGGUGAACUGUUCUUGUAAUUAAUUAAUAAUACGUUUUGUAAUGUGCUUAGAAUGUGUUUUUUGAACAGAAACUAUUUAUCUUGUUUUGCUUGGUCAGUUAUUUUUAUUCUGACACUAAAUGGAUUGACACUUAGCCACAGAGAAAAGAAAUCAAAACAAUAAAUCAAGAGUUGAGUCUGCUGUGAGGAAAGUUUAUGGAUCCCACAAGCACAAUUCACAGGGUAAAUGAUGUGUGUUAACAAAAUCCAAAGGCUAAUUUAUAAUGAGGUAAAUGACUGGCAGAAUACUGCAUCCUCCAUUGGGGGAGACAGUGAAAAACCAAACCAGCAUACUGAUCAUUAGGUUUCAGAAUGCUGUAUAGGUUCCUGCUAAAGCUUUUUAUGAAUUUAAAAAUCUAUUUAUGUGAAAUUAAGCAGAUUACCUUCUUUAAUGAUGUAAUGUGAAAUUUAGCAGAUUACCUACUGUAAUGAAGUAAUGGAAAGAGCUGAUGACUUUGACUUUGUCAGUGAGUUCAGGUAGAUUUGAGUGUGGCCAAAAAUAUAGCUGAAAAUCAGCUAUUAUUACAUUGUGGUACUGGAGUUUUCUUGAUCUUCAAAGGUUUUAUGCUGUUCACUGAACAAAAUAAUGCAUUAUAUCCUGCUGGCUCCCAUGUGUGAUUAGCAAUAACAUACCCACCUUGUGUUUUUGUUGAACUAUGAUCAGUCGUGCUACUUCACAGGAAACGUUUCUCAUGUAAAAGUGUUCACUGCAUUAAACAUGCCGUUUCCUUUGACAGC